AUAUAAAGAAAAGUUAACGUUGUUUUAAUCUUAGGCCCGGAAUGUCUUAGUUUGAAAUUAAAAAUGGACUCUUUAAGACUUAAUGGAAAAAAAGAAUACCAGGCCCCUGCCUGAAACGAUCAACUUUAUCCAUAUAGAUUAUACGUAGAAUUAAAUGAAAUCUAAAAAUUUUGCAAAUAAUGAAAUUAACUGUCCUAAUAUGUAUAUAUUUGUAAGUACAACAACUCCACACAAGAGGCAUCUUUGUUACUGUUUCGUUUCGUAAUAGAUCUGCGCCACACAUACAAUUAUUCUGACUCUCUAAUAAGUGAUACGUCUCAUUAUGAGAAACUAAAUGCCAAUGAAGAUGCUUAAUGGAUCUACGAAUUCGUUGUGUUUUAGCUUUUAAUUAUGCUCUGAAUGGCAUUGAUCACUUUGCCAAAGGGUUUUGUAAACAACAACUAACAAUUUUAUAUUCCUGUUUCAAGAAAUUCCAUAAUUUCUCGGCAUGGAUUGUGGCAUAUCCGCUGUAAGAAAAUCCAGCCUAUAGCAUUGCCAUGCAUUAGGGGGAAAGAGCUUUUGCUUGCAUGGACCCGCUUAUUUUCCAAGAAGAUGGAAACGCAAAUCUCCUGAUCAGGUGCACGCAGCAUCAAAAAAUCAGGAACUCGUUUAAAAAGUUCACACAUCCGGUCAUUUCAAAUGAAAACUAAGGCAUCAAGAAAUUCAGACGUCCGGUCAUUCUGAAUUUAAAGCACAUAAGUAGCCCUAAAUCUUGUCUCCAAAACCCCCGACUUGAAUUACUUCUGUAUUUUUUGUCAUUACUUCUGCACGCAUUACUUCUGUAUUCAAACUAGACUAGCAUGCUCAGUUGAACUUCGCGAUGCUUUGCCUUAUUAAAUCUGAAGCUAAUACAGCAUUGACUUUCUUAAAAUAUUUUGUCAUUAGAAUAUAGUUAUCCCAAUUCCCACAGAAAAUUGAUUUCAGGGAAAAAUAUAAUUGCAUUUUAUGUAGUGCAAGCAUGGAUCCCUCAAAGACGAAAUUUCCUCGACUUUCUUCACCUGCCGCUGGAAUAAAACCUCAUUAUGACGUGGUGGUCGUGGGCUCAGGAUAUGGAGGUUCUAUCGCAGCGUGUCGGGCUGCAAGCGCUGGUAAAUCAGUCUGCUUGUUAGAAAAAGGCAAAGAGUGGUCACCUGGCGAGUUUCCCGAGACAUUCUUGCAUGCAGAACGUGAUUUGCACAUGCAUUUUGGAAGUCACAAGUUUCAUUCAGGCAAACCAUACGGCUUGUAUGAAGUAUACGUGGGUGAUCACGUAAGCGUCCUGCAAGGUUGUGGGCUCGGUGGUGGUUCUCUCAUCAAUGCAAAUGUUGCUCUCGAUGCUGAGCCUGCAGUGUACCAAAAACCACACUGGCCAGUGGAAUUUAUCAAUGAUGUUGAAACCUUGAUGAAAACUGACCGAACACACGUGGUUGACAUGCUCAAACCUACACCCUACCCGGAUUCCUAUCCCCAAUUGGCUAAAAUUGAACGCAUGCAAGAGGGAUUUGCGGUGUUUGAUAUUGAAGACCUGCACAAGCAUUUUUAUAAAACACCAAUUUAUGUGACAUUUGAGGAUAAAGAAAAGAAUCACGUCGGAGUCCCACAGCCUAAAUGUACUGCGUGUGGAAAUUGUUGUGGCGGAUGUAAUGUCGGAGCAAAGAAUACAUUGAAUAUGAAUUACAUCGCUGAAGCUAAAGCGUACGGAGCUGAGAUUUAUACAAAGAUAGAGGUGAUGUCGAUUGCGCGCGAAUCAAACUCGAACGAAUGGUUAGUUCAUUACAAACGAUUGGUGAAAGGAAGCUUUGAAGUGGCUGAGGAAAUCAUCGGGGCGAAUCAUGUGAUCCUAGGAGCUGGGGCACUGGGAUCCACUAAAGUCUUGCUUCGUUCAAAAGAACGUGGUUUAAAUAUUUCACACGCGAUUGGAACUCGAUUAUCAACAAACGGCGAUAUGCCUGCGUUCAGCUACGAUGGAGCAAAGGAGACAAAUUCCAUUGGUGUUAAAACAAAAGAUCUGAUUGGUCCAAACAAGAAAGUAGCUCCAGGCCCUAGCAACACGACUGUGAUUGAUUUGAGAAGACGAAGUGGAAAAAAGGAGGCUGGUUUUGUUAUUGAAGAUUUUACGCCGCCUUCAUCAGUGGGUAGUGUUUAUUCUAUUGUUCUCACCGCAGCUGCUAAGCACGGGAUUGAUAUCACUUGUGAGGCCAUGGACAACUCAAUGACAUUUCUUGGGAUGUGUCGUGACGGCGCCCGUGGUAAAGUCAACUACCAUUCGAAAACAGAUGACAUCAGCAUCAGUUAUGAAGACGUUGAAGAUGAACCAAACUUCAAUGUUGUCAAUGCAGCUGUUAGGAAAGUCGCGGAAAAGUUGGGGGGUACGUUUGUGGAAAAUCCUUCAUGGAGCAAAUAUCUUGGAAAAAGUAUCAUCACUGUUCAUCCAUUAGGCGGGUGUCGUAUGGCGGAGUCUGGUGAAACUGGUGUGGUCAAUCAUGCUGGACAGGUAUUUAAAGGUGACUCAAAGGAAGUCUUAGAAGGUCUGUAUGUAGUAGAUGGUGCUGUUAUUCCAACCUCUGUGGGAGUUAACCCAACCUUGACUAUUUCGUGUGUCGCUGAACGGUGUAUGCGACUCCUAGCUAAGAGAGAAGGAUGGCACAUCAAUUAUAAUUUUAAACAUCUUGGUGAAAAUGAGUUCGUUCAACAAAAGCCAGGAAUUUGCUUCACCGAGAAAAUGGUAGGGGAGUUUCAAGAAAAUAAAAACCAAGAUGAAAAAACAUCGUGUGAAUUUACUUUGACAAUUGAGUCGAAUGAUGUUGAGGCGAUGAUAAAAUUUGAUCCAGAUCAUACUGCUGAGAUCAGUGGGACAGUCACGUGUCCAGCUCUUUCAUCAUCGCCGCUAUCAGUUUCAGAAGGUCGCUUCCAACUUUUCAGUCCAGCUGAAAACGACACGAAAAAAAGUCCGUCGAAACAAAUGAUCUACAAAAUGAUUUUGAAUGACCAGAGCAGCACUACCACCUACUCCUUCGAUGGUGUCAAGCAUAUUCACAAAAAUCAUUUUUGGAAUAUUGGUCUUCAUGACACCACUGUUCUCUUUGUUAAAGUUUACAGGGGAGCGAAUUUCUCUGGUGAGAUUAUUGGUACCGCAAAACUGUAUAUUACCAUUCCAAAUUUUGCAAAGCAGCUGGCAACAAUGGAGAUCACCCACACUCAAAGUGUUCGUGAGAAAGCAUAUUGGCUUUCGAAAUUUGGAAAGUUUUUUGCAAGGACGCUAUGGGAUGUAUAUGGACCUGGGGUUCGGGCACAUAAUAUCGAUUAUGAUGACGAGGAUCAACCCCCAAGACAGAAAAGAUCUCUGAAACUGAAAGGGUGUACACCUGUUGUUUACGAAGUUAUGACAAAAGAUGAGUUUCAGAUUCUUGUGACUCGUUACCAAGGAGGCUCGAAAGGACCGGUCGUUAUGUUUCAUGGGGCAGGCGUGAGCAGUGAAAUAUUUUCAUUGGAUAGCAUUGACACAAAUCUUUUGGAAUAUUUACUGCAAUUUGGAUAUGACGUUUGGUUGGUCGACUGGCGUACUUCAUGUAACCUUCCAUUAAUGGUCGAAAAGAGAUACACUCUAGAUGACUGUGCAGCAUAUGAUUAUCCGGCGGCUAUUGAUAAAGUACUGGAAAUUACUAAGAAGAAAACUGUCCAAAUUGUAGCACACUGUGCAGGAUCUCUCGUUCUUUUUGCGUCUCUUCUCUCAGGUGCUUUGGAAGGCAAAGUUAGAAAUGUCGUCGCUAGUCAGGUGGCAGCAAAUCCCAUACCAGCACCAUUCAAUUCAUACAAGUCUAGUUUGCGUUUGCCAGGAUUUGCUCACUUUAUCGGGUUGAAUGGUUUGACCGUUGAUACAAGUGCGCAUGCGUCGUUCUUUGGUCGAAUAUUUAAUGGUUUCUCGGGGGCAGUUGUUAAUCAUCUUGUCCUGCCAAGGAGUGAACGUUGUCAAAGCCGUGUUUGUCAUAGAAUCACAUUUAUUUAUGGUUUGCUAUGGGAGCACGCGAAUCUGACAGAGUUGACACAUGGUACUUUGCACGAGUUCUUUGGCUACGUAACAACUUUGGUUAGUGCUCAAUUGGCGUUGACAAUGAGAUGGCAAAAGUUGGUAUCUUCUUCGGGAGAAGACAUUUAUCUGCCCGACAGUGACAAAGGUUUAAAGUCGCCACUAUACAAGGAACAUAUUAAUCGUCUCAAUUUUCCAAUACGCUUCAUCGUAGGUGAAAAGAACAGCUGUUACCUGCCUGAAAGUACACUAACUACAUUAAACCUCGUUAAAGAAGCUCAUCCGCACCAAAACUACUCCAGGAUAACAAUUCCUGAUUACGGGCAUCUUGAUUGCAUUUAUGGAAAAGAUGCAGUUCAUGAUGUAUUUCCUCACAUAAAGGAAUCACUGGAACAGUAUGCAGAAGAUAACUGAAAAAACUCUGAACUACAUAGUUUUUUUAAACAUCAUAAACCAAGUCCUUAUUAAAAUGAG